AUUUUGAUGGUUUGACAUCUAUUUUUGCCAUUUAUUAAUUGUCGGAGUUUUGGCGUGACAAAUAUUCGAAAAUGGCUUUAAAACUGAAUCGUGAUGAUACUAUUAAUUUGAUACGAAUUUAUGAACAGUAUGAAUGCCUUUGGAAUUGCAGAAAGGAAUCUUACAGAAAUUCUGGUUUAAAAGAGAAAGCAUGGGAAGAGAUUGCAAACUACUUCGACACAGAUGUACACGAAAUGAAAAAAAAGAUUAAGUAUCUCCGCACAGCAUAUGUAGCCGAACUUAGAAAACUGGAGGAAUGGAAAAGAAAAGCUCCUAAUUCAACUGAAAUAUAUCAGCCUAAAUUGUAUUAUUAUAAUGAUUUCAACUAUUUGAGUAGUACAAUAGUGAUGAGAAGAAGAGAGUUUAUUGAAGAUGACGAGGAUAACGAUGAUGAAAUAAGUCUAAAAAAGGAAGACUCAUACGAUGAGUUAAGUAACGAUAACUGCGAACGUCUACAAGAGAGUGAAGCUGUUUGGGAAAAAUGUGCUCCCGAAGAUUAUCUAGACGAGGACUUACAACAGGAGGAAUCUAAAAAAAUAAGAUUGGCAUCUCAUCCAAGUACCAAUUCGUCAACUUCUGCAAACAUUUCUAUAUUCAGUACGAAAGAUAAUCAACAUAAACGCUACUCUAACAAGCCAUUGGAAACAGAUGAUAUGUAUUUAGCUUUUGGAACUAGCAUAGGUUUACAACUGAAACAUCUGAAACCUGUUAAUGCAGCUAAAGCUAUGGCAAAAAUACAGGGAAUUCUCACUGAACUUGCUGUUUCAGAAGUAUAAUUAUGUAUUUAUAACUCAUUUCAUAUAGUAUUUUUUAGACGUAAUAUUACAAAAGUUUUGUCCAUGAAGGUCCUAGCUUAGAUCCAAAUAAAAAGACUCGAUAAUUAAAAAGGAAAUAGUUUCCUUAUUACUGAACAACAAGAUUGAUAGACUGCAAACCCUAUAUUUCACACGGCUGUAGAAAGAAAUGUAUUUAAGCGUAUAUAGUAGUAUAUGUAAGCCUAUGUACAUAUAUAAGGAAUGUGUUUAUGAAAGUGGGAGUUUUUGUAAAAAACAAUUCAAUUUGAGGGGAAAUAACGGACACUAACCUAAACGUAAACUAAACCUUCUAGAUCAAUUAAUAAAUAUGAUGUAUUCUUUA